AGGCGUGUGCGUGCGCGCGAGCGAGACGAGAGUGGCGGACGCGCGCACGUCUGCCUCCGUGUGUGUAUAUUUCGGCUCGGCUGCUGUCGGUCGUGUUUUCCCGGUAAAGAGGGAGCGGGUCGACGGUCCGUCGCUCGAGUGUGUGCGGAGAGAGCGAGCGUGCGGCGUGUAACGGGUUCUGUCGCAGCAGUGUGUGUGUGUGUGUGUCGUAGUGUGUGUGUGAGAGAGAUGGUGAUGGAGAAGCCGAGCCCCCUGCUCGUAGGACGUGAGUUUGUGCGGCAGUACUACACGCUCCUGAAUAAAGCGCCGGAUUACCUGCACAGGUUUUACGGCAGGAGCUCCUCGUAUGUUCACGGCGGUGUGGACGGCACUGGGAAGCCGGAGGAGGCCGUCUACGGUCAGGCGGAGAUCCAUAAGAAGGUGAUGUCUCUGCAGUUCAGUGAGUGUCACACUAAGAUCAGGCAGGUGGAUGCUCAUGCGACGCUGGGGGACGGGGUGGUGGUGCAGGUGAUGGGUGAGCUGUCCAACAGCGGCCGACCCAUGAGGAGGUUCAUGCAGACGUUCGUCCUCGCUCCGGAGGGUUCUGCUGUCAAUAAGUUCUAUGUGCACAAUGACAUCUUCCGCUAUGAAGAAGAGGUGUUUGGAGACUCUGAGGCUGAGCUGGGAGAGUCUGAAGAAGAGGAGGUUGAGGAGGAGCAGGUGGAGACUCAGGCUUCCCCUGAACCGGCCCCGGACCGUCCCAGCAGCACCACCUACUACGAGCCGCCGGCGCCGCCUGUCAGUAACGGAGUCGAGGAGCAGCAGGAGGAGGCGGAGCCUGAGGCGGAGCCAGAGCCCCAGCCUGAGGCCAAUCAGGAGGCGGAGGCGGAGCUAAACCCAGACGCAGAGCUGCAGGUGGCUGAGGCGGAGCCAGAGGAGGAGGAGAGAGGCUCCACCCCCAGCCUCACUCUGACUCCGCCCCCUCAGACCCCAGAGCCACCGAAGGCGUUCUCCUGGGCUCUGGUGACCAGUAAGAAUCUUCCUCCGGCUCAUGUGGUGAAAGCUGCCGGCGUUCAGCCGCGGGUGGAGCUCAAACAGGACGGUCAGUCGUCAUUACCCAGAGAUCAGCGGCGCGAGAGACCUGGCUUCCCUCCACGAGGACCACGAGCAGACGGCAGCGGCUCAGAGGCUUCGGGUCAGAAACAGUACAUCAGUUUUAAGGGCCGUGGUGACGGUGAUGCCGGUGAUGUGGAGGGCCGUCGGUCCUUUCGUUAUCCAGACAGUCAUCAGCUCUUCGUUGGAAAUCUUCCUCAUGACAUUGACGAGGGCGAGCUGAAAGAGUUCUUCAUGACGUUCGGGAACAUGGUGGAGAUGAGGAUCAACACCAAAGGCGUCGGAGGGAGGCUGCCCAACUUCGGCUUCGUGGUGUUCGAUGACUCUGAGCCGGUGCAGAGGAUUCUGGGAUCCAAGCCCAUCAUGUUCCGCGGGGAAGUGCGUCUGAACGUGGAGGAGAAGAAGAGCAGAGCGGCGCGCGAGCGGGAGACCAGAGGAGCGGCGGAGGGCCGGCGUGGGCCCCGGGGCCCCCUGGGGAACGGACUGGGGCGUGAGCGAGAGGCCCGGGGGUCCUCCAGGGCUGGGAUGGGCGCGGGGCGAGAGAGCCGCUUCACAGGCCCCCGCCGCUGAACGCUGAUGAAGUCCUCUACUCGUCUGAUUGGUUUUGUUUCUCUCGUGUCUCUCUCUGGCUUUCGGACUCUGACCGGCCCUCACAGACUCUCAGACUCGCGCCGCGCCGAGAUCAUCUGCGCUUUCCUUUGUAUUCUCCUCAUGAUUUUGCGAAGAAGAACAGGACAGUGUGAUAUUUUUUUUCUCUAGAACAGAAGCUGAUCUCUCACGGUUUAUAACGGAUGAGCGGCAGCGCUUCAUCAAUCAGUGCUCAGUGUACACUUAUUUAUUUUCCUAGUGAAUAAA